CACCGAUUCAUGGCGGGAAAGAAAGGGACCAGGGCCGUCGCUCCGGUGCAGGACGUGACGCAGCAGCCUCCUGGAGGCUGGCCCGUUGUGCAGGCGGGAACGCAGACGGCAGGCUUCUUCUUCAGCUGGUCGGUGGCCUUGCGGCUGAGCCUGGCACUACUGCUCACCCUCCCCAUUUUGGUGCUGAUGCUGCCGCUUCUCCUGAUUGAGACUUUGCUGCUUGCCGCGCUCAUCCUUAUGACUUUAAAAAUCUACCUCAAUUCCUUCCUGCUGGAGAGUGACUGGUACACAAAGAUUUUGCUUCUCUCGUACAAGAAGAUCCUCUUCUCCCACUCCCGUCCGACCGCCCGAUCGCACAUGCUCGUCGAGCACCUGGCACCCAAGAGGCCGCUGCUAACGAACUAUAUCGCGUAUGCCCUCAACAUUCGCGUCCCGCUCAAGAGCGAGGAGGACUUCACCGGCGCCAGGGCGGCAACGGCCGCAAGAGGGUUCUCUCUCUCCCGCUGGAUCGAGGAGAACCUGCACAAGCUGCCGAUGUCGGUCAGCAGCGAGCGCUUUAAGGCCGGCGAGGACCCCGUCAGGUAUGUCAUGGAGCGCAUCGGCGACGUGUACCCGACAGUGACGACGGUGUACCGCGAAAAGCUGACGGACGAAGCGCUCACGCAGCUCUGCUUCUUCGGCCUCGGCGCGCACCGCCUCUACCGUGCGCGCACGCUCUCGUCGCCGACCGAAGUCGUCGACUCUGGUGACUUUGUGGUGCGCACCAACUUUCUAGCCGACCUGCCGGUGCGCGAGGGGCUCGACUCGUACGGCGGCGACGCAUAUUUUGACGAGACCACCUGGCGGAUCAAGAAGAUCGUGCGCAAGCUGCCUCGCCAGCAACCGUGGGAGUCGGAGGAACUG